CGAGCGCAUGAACGUGACGUUACGCGGAUCCACGAACAAAUGGAAAACUUUUACUUUCGCGCGAAAUAAUAAGUGUGUGUGUGAGUGAUGUAUUAGUGGUUAUAGACGUAUUCAUAAUGUUUCUGUGUGUUCUUGUUAUUUGGAGCGCUGUCCUCUUGCCGGCUUUGGCCCAAGGUGACCGCCGCUGCGGGCACCCAGCAGUGCCCAUGAACGCACGAGUGUCCCUGGGUAACGACGUCGACAUAGUCCCGGGGACGGUCGCCAGCUACGAGUGUGACGAGGGCUACGAACUGUUCGGCGCGCACCAACGGGAAUGCACCUUGAGGGGCGACUGGACAGGGGAACCCCCGUUUUGUGGCACGAACGUCGCGCUGCGGAAGCCGGCCAACCAGUCCACGACUGUCCGGGGUGGAGUCGCCGGAAACGGCAACGACGGCGAGAGGACCACGGAACACGACGGGAAACGAUGCACGGAGACGCAGCGGGAGGCCUCACCCUGGUGGCAGGUGGAUCUGUUGCGACACUACGCCGUGAAGGUGGUCAGGGUCACCACUAGAGGCUGUUGUGGUCACCAACCUCUGCAAGACCUGGAGAUUCGCGUCGGCAACAGCAGCAGCGACCUGCAAAGGAAUCCGCUAUGCGCCUGGUUUCCUGGCACCAUAGACGAAGGCGUGACAAAGACGUUCACAUGCGCUAGACCUCUGAUAGGUCAGUACGUGUUCCUGCAGCUGGUCGGCGUCGAGGGCUCCCUCUCUCUGUGUGAGGUCGAGGUCUUCACCACUGAAGAAUUUUCCAACGAUCGAUGCGCUCCAAUCGGAGCGUCAGCAGAUGUGGAGCUGGCGGCGUUCUCCAGAAACUGUUACGAGUUUAAUGUGGCCAAGGGCGCGUCUUUCGACGACGCUCGCAGACAGUGCCAGCUACAUGGGGGAGAUCUGAUACAUGGAUUCUCGGGACCCACGUCAAGUUAUUUAAUUCAAGAGUUAGACAGACGGAAGCUCCAAUUGAAAACUCAGCUGGUAUGGAUCGGAGCUCAGAAAGAGCCCGGCCUUACCUCCAGGACAUGGAAAUGGGUUGAUGGUGACAUAGUGGUCAAGCCGACAUGGGCGAAAGACCAGCCGAACAACUACAACGGCGAACAGAACUGCGUGGUGCUCGACGGGGGUCGGGCCUGGAUGUGGAAUGACGUUGGUUGUAACCUCGACUACCUCCACUGGAUAUGCCAGUACCUGCCGCCGACCUGUGGCAGUCCGGAUAAGCUGUUCAACACGACGAUAGAAGGGGACAACUACAGGGUGGGGUCAGCCAUCACCUACAAGUGUCCCGAAGGUCACAUGCUGGUUGGGGACAGGACGAGGGAAUGCAAGGGCGACGGUUUCUGGUCGGGCAACGCGCCUAACUGUAAAUAUAUAAAUUGUGGUGGACUGACGCCAAUCCAAGAUGGUGACGUCAGUCUGGUGGACGGUAGAACAACGCACGGCGCCAAAGCGGUCUACUCCUGUAGGGAAAACUACACGCUAGUUGGCACCCCAGAGAGAAUCUGUGGGGACGAGGGAAUAUGGAAUGGCGAAGCCCCGAAGUGCCUCUUCGACUGGUGCCCAGAACCGCCACCGGUGGCUGGCGCUAUAGUGACAGUUGACGGCAAUAAGGCCAACAACAAAGCCACUUAUGCCUGCCAAAAUGGCUUCAUACUGUUUGGGCAACCGAGCGUAACCUGCAGCCUCGGCGGUAUAUGGACGGGCACACCUCCUACUUGCAAAUAUGUGGACUGCGGUACCCCAGCUCAGGUGUACAAGGGUUCCUUCACGCUGCUCAACGGAACCACGACCUAUGGUUCCGUAGCUCAGUUCUCCUGCGAGCCGGACUAUUGGUUAGCCGGGGCGGAGACCCUGACAUGUAAUAGAGACGGAAAAUGGUCGCACGAUAUACCAUCUUGUGAAUUGAUAUCGUGUCCGGACCCCGAGGUGCCUGCGGGCGGAUACAUGAAGGUGCUGAACUACAAUGUACACUCGACCAUCGAGUUCCACUGCGACGAGGGUCACAAGCUCGUCGGAGAACAGGCGCUGACGUGCGAGACCGACGGCGAAUGGUCGGGGGAAUCCCCGAAAUGUGAAUACGUCGACUGCGGAAAACUGCCACCAUUGCCGUACGGAUUUUCUGAGUUGCUGAACGAGACGACACACUUGGGGAGCAUCAUCCAAUACUCUUGUACGACAAACUAUCGGCUGGUCGGCCCUGUACGAAGGACUUGUACUGAGGACUUCCAGUGGAGUGGCUCGGCACCUCGCUGUGAAGAAAUCAGAUGUCCCGAACCGGUGGUGCCCGAUCACGGUAUAGUGUCGGUGACCAGAAAUGACAGAAUGCACGGUCGUACUCUCAUCAGAACGUCUGUCAGUACGAGCGACGGCAACACAUACAGAAUAGACGCCUCCGUGAAGUAUAGUUGCGAGAGAGGAUACAAGGUGGUUGGAGAGAGUCUCUCUAAUUGUAAGGAUAAUGGACAGUGGAGCGGCGUGGCACCUAUAUGCCAGUACGUCGACUGUGGCAACCCCGGUCGACUACAGAACGGCGUGGUGACACUCGCCACCAACGCAACAUACUACAACGCGGUGGCCCUAUACGAGUGUAACGAACAUUGGCAGCUGGAUGGUGUCUCCAGGCGGUAUUGCCAGGACAACGGCACAUGGAGCUCGGAGGCACCUGUUUGUAAAGAAAUAACCUGUUCCGACCCUGCAUUACAAAUCAAGGGUAAUGUUGGUAUGAUGGUGGUGACGUCCACCUUCAGCAUCGGUGGGGAGGCCCACUACCGUUGCGAGCGAGGGUACACCCUCAAAGGGAACCAAACCCGCUCCUGCCUACCAAAAGGCAUAUGGAGCGGCGCUUCGCCCGUGUGCUUCCCGAUCGACUGCAAGCCACCCGGGACGAUCGAGAACGGCCGCAUCAUAAUAUCGAACGGUUCCACACUUUUCGGCAGCUCCAUCGAGUACCACUGCCUACCUCAGUUCCAGAGGGUGGGACCCUUCCUGCGGAAGUGCAUGGAUGAUGGCAAGUGGUCCGGAGAGGAUCCCAAGUGCGAACUGGCGACCAACGAAGCGGCGGAGAGCGGGGCGCUGCCCCUCAGUGUUGGCGUUGGCUGCGGAGUAGUACUCUUCCUGUUGAUGCUGCUCGGAGUUAUAUAUUUGAGACUACGGAAAGCGACGCCAGUUAAGAACACAGAAAACAUAGAAGGUGCGGAGAGGAAAGAAGACCAGAACGCAGCCGUGAUGAGCUACGCGACACUUCACGACACGAAUGGCCGACAUAUAUACGACCACGUCACAGACAAUCUCUACGAUUCACCUUACGGCGAGAAUCUAUCAGAAAACUCGGCGUACGGACGACGGAGCGAUACGGACUCGGCCUACGAACCAGAGCCCACUGGCCCGAACGCUGUCGUCACUAUAAACGGAGUUGCAGUACGUUGAUAAGACUAUUAUUUACAGCCUGACAUGCUAAUAGUACUCGACAAUCUUCGAUUUUUAAUUGAAACUAAUUGGGGCGCGUUGAAAUUGAAAUAUCACGUCCUGAAAAAGACGAUCGAAAUAAUAGUAGGUACCAAGUAGGUAUUUAAG